CGCGCAUGCGCCGGUGCACGGCCUGCCGGGAGGCGGAAGCGGAAGCGCGGGUGUCCCGGGAGCGAUGGCAGCCGGGGGUCCCAGCCGCUCGGAGCGCAAGGCGGCGGAGCGGGUCCGGAGGCUGCGGGAGGAGCAGCAGCGGGAGCGCCUCCGUCAGGUGUCGCGCAUCCUGAGGAAGGCGGCAGCGGAGCGCAGCGCCGAGGAGGGCCGGCUCCUGGCCGAGAGCGAGGACCUGGUGACCGAGCUGCAGGGCCGGAGCAGGCGGCGCGAGGGCCUGAAGCGGCGGCAGGAGGAGGUGUGCGACGACCCGGAGGAGCUGCGGAGGAAAGUGCGGGAGCUGGCCGGCGCCGUCCGGAACGCCAAGUACCUGGUCGUCUACACGGGCGCCGGCAUCAGCACGGCAGCCUCUAUCCCAGAUUACCGGGGCCCUAAUGGAGUGUGGACGCUGCUUCAGAAAGGGAGAAGCGUUAGUGCUGCUGACCUGAGUGAGGCCGAGCCAACCCUCACCCACAUGAGCAUCGCCCGCUUACACGAGCAAAAGCUGGUGCAGCACGUGGUGUCUCAGAACUGUGACGGGCUCCACCUGCGGAGCGGGCUGCCGCGGACGGCCAUCUCGGAGCUCCACGGGAACAUGUACAUUGAAGUCUGUACAGCCUGCACACCCAACAGGGAAUACGUGAGGGUGUUUGAUGUGACUGAGCGCACCGCCCUGCACCGGCACCAGACGGGCCGGGCCUGCCACAAGUGUGGGGCCCAGCUCCGGGACACCAUUGUGCACUUUGGGGAGCGGGGCACGCUGGGGCAGCCUCUGAACUGGGAGGCAGCCACUGAGGCUGCCAGCAAGGCAGACACGAUCCUGUGUUUAGGUUCCAGCUUAAAGGUUCUAAAGAAGUAUCCACGCCUCUGGUGCAUGACCAAGCCCCCCAGCAGGCGGCCCAAGCUCUACAUUGUAAACUUGCAGUGGACCCCGAAGGAUGACUGGGCUGCCCUGAAGCUUCAUGGGAAGUGUGAUGACGUCAUGCAGCUCCUCAUGGACGAGCUAGGCCUGGAGAUCCCCCGCUACAGCAGGGUCUUAUAGGGGAAAUCAAUAACUUCUUUUAAUCAAAGGGUUCAAGAAUUAAGGAUCCCUUCACCUUCUGGGCCUGGCAAUUCUUGUAUGUUAUGUUUGUGCUGUUCUGUAAUGUGGGCCUAUUGUGUACUGUAUUUUUUUU